CUCAAAGUCAAAGUCAGAGUUUUUUCCGGAGUUUCUGUUCAUUUCGAAAAGAUCUCUUAAUGCAGGAGAGAGAGCUUUUGUCUUGAUGGAUUCACGAAAUAUGAGCAGGCGCUGUGGAGAAUUUAGGGCAGGCUAUGUUGAGAUUUGAUCAGUGUAAGUUGCUUUCCAUGUUGUAAAUUCCUCAACUAAAAACAACGAACUAAAAUGAGUGGGAACGAAGAGAAAGAAGGCGAUCAUAGGGAUUUAGCUCCCACAGAAGAGCAAAUUCCACGCGCAGAUUCAAGUGCUUCUUCAGUAAUAAGCAGAACUAGCUCUCCAGAACAUUUAGAAGACGAUGUUUUCAACGUAGAUAAACAAGAACCGCAUUUGGACGCAGAACAACUUUCAGCUGAUGUUGCUGCUAGAGGAAUUGUAAAUCCAAAUAAGUUUUCAGGUGAUAUACCCCAAUCAGGGAUACGCGGUAUGUUAAUAGCUGCUUGUGAUAUUCCCCCAAAUACCUUAAACAAGAUUCAAGAAGAAAAUGGGAAAGAUACCGAUCGCGAACUUCAAGAUGAACUAUCGAGAGAAAGGCAUGUUUCUUCAGGGACAGAAGAACUUCAGCCUGCCUCUCAGGAAGUUCCCUUUUAUAACAAAGACUCCUCUUUGAGUAGACCAUCAUCUGCAAGUUCAUUGUCGUCCGUAGCAACAGGAAUUAAUAAGAGAGAGGUCUCUUUUCAAAAUGCUGAAGAGGACGAGGAAGCUCUAAAAGAAAGAGGUUUUAUAUCUCAUACUGAAAACAAAACAGUUGAAGUGGUAUCAAUUUGUACACAAACUGAAUGGAGUUGGUUAAAGGACAUGGAAUUGUAUCAGGAAACCAUAAACAGAUCAAAGCCUGAAUGGGCAGAAAGAUCAGAGAAGAAAAUGUCCAAAGAAGUUCCAAAGUCACCUUCAGCAAACAGCCAUGGUUCAGUCCAAAGACGAAGGAGAAAGUCGUUACCUGCAACAAGGAAGACCUCCACAAGUAGUGACAAAACACAAAAGGCAAAGGAUGAGGAAAAUGAAUUCCUACCAGAUGUAGAAGAAGGAAAUGAAGGAAGACAUGAUCAUGGUGGAGCAGAAGAAGGAAGCACAGGAAGAAGCAAAUCAAAGUCAUCAGGAGGUGUUCCGAGAUCUCGGCAGUCUGUGGUCUCAUCACUUCCUCGCACUCCUAAGGGGGAGGACAUUCUCUUCCGACCACCCACAGUAGAACUUGAGUCUAGUAGUAGUUCAGAUGAGUAUGAGGAUUAUGAACUUGAUCAGGAGUUUCUUUUGCCAAGCAUCGGUCCUCCAGCCAUUCUGCAGUACAUGAAGGAGUCUCAGCACCCUCCCCUGUCUAAUGAAGAGGUUGAAGAUCGACAGGAACUUGCCAAGAAUGAGAUGUUGAAGAAGAGCUUGUUUAGUGGGCCUUGCAUGUUUUGUCAACAGGAAGUUCUGCCAUUUCCAACAAUGGAAGAGCUAGAGAGACUCACUCCAGACCAGCUCUACUGCUGUCCUCAGUAUGAACGCCUCGUUAAGUUUGAGCUUGCGCAGAGGGGCGACACAGCUCAUCUAGCUGACGAGAUGAUUGACAUCAAGCCCCACCCACCAUAUGGGACCAAAGCUGCGAGGCGUGCAGCCAAGGAAAGAGCAGCUGAGCGUGCGCGGGAACGUGAGAUGGAGAGACAACGUGCAGCCGGUGCUAAUCCAACAAACUUCUAUGCAUUGACACGUCAGAUGAAGACCAUUACGUAUUCUUUGGCCUCCACAAAGUGUAUGGAGGAAGGUUGGACGGUUCGACCGCCAUCGCCGUCACUUACGGAUAACGAACAAGUACAAGAUCCGUUUGUCAUUGAAGUUAAUCCUCUUCAACUCAGGAAACAGGCAUUCCUGGAGAGAUUUUAUGAAAACAAAAAGAGAUUUCUCCUACUUCUCCCGGAUGGCACUGGAAGCUGCUUUUAUCCAAGCGGUAACGUUGCGGUAAUGAUAACUGCUGCAGAAAAAGGAAAAUUUACGUACAUCGUAUUUGAUGACGAAGAAGAAAACGAAUCAAAUCCAUCACACAUGCUGGGAAUAUUUGAACCCUCUGGACACGGAACUUGUUACUUCAGAAAUGGAUCAGUCAGAUUAGUGUUAAAUCCAUUUUUUGGAGUUCUUUUGGACAAAAACGGGACUCGCAAGAAGAAAUGGAUGUGGCAUAACACGAAAGAACACGUGCACGCUCCGCCUUUUCAACCAAUCACAUUUCUGAUCACCAAACAGCUGUCAAUCAGAUGUCUAUCACAGAAUAAAAUUGUUCUUACCUUCAAUUAUGGAAAACAUACAGCUCGCUUUAAUGUUGGUGCAAAACUUAAGGCCAUUGCCAAAGCAAAGCCUCCUACGAGCAGAGACAGCUACGAGAUGCACCUGGCUGAAGUCAAACAGUUUGUGAACAUUGUUUUGGAUCGUGCCCAGAAUGCUAUGCGUCUUCCCAACUACCCUCGACUCGACAAGAUACCUCUGCCGCCUCACCUGCAGAAAGCAAGGGAUGCUGGGAGGAAGGCUCGAUUACUUGCUUCCACUGCCAGUAGUCAACGAGAGACGACAGUUGUUGUUAACUAAGAACCAGUCCUUUAUAACAACUGCCGCGGACAGGAAAGUUGCAGUCCCCUCAUGAGUUCUCGAUGGGGGCCAGUUAUGACAAUCACGUUCAAUGUUUCACUCCACUUGCUAAAAAAUAAUUUUUUUUAGUUUUUCAUCGUUCUCCUAUUUUGAAAGAAAGUUAUAUGAAGUAAAAGUAGAAGUAUGAA